UUUUUAUCAUGCUUGCCGGCGAAGCUUCGAUAAUGGAAACAAAAGGUAAAUCGCGAUAAGAGCGGGACUUACUCCUCUUCCUGAGGGGCGUUCACACUCUCUCCCCUUGCAUGUGCCCGCAUAGGAGACGUGCUUUGGAUUAGAGAUUCUCUCUGUACCGAACUUAAGUGUUUGACGAUGAAGACGUGGAUGAGGAUAGCGCUGUUAGUUACAGCUUGUAGCAUUUUUCAUUCGGUCAGUGCUCAGUGUAAUCUGGCAGGCUCCCAAGCAGAUGUCGAUUUCCCAGAUAUUGAAGCUGAAGGAGUAGAGUCUUAUCAAAUGACCGUCGAGUAUACACUUCCUGGCGUAAACCAAACCGAUUAUUAUACUGAGUAUUAUGACAUUCUGGAGAGAAGAGGCAGAGUUGACAGUAUAAUAGCUGGCCAAAAGUCUCACUACAUCUACAGGACUGACAGUGGAGAGGCUUGGGAUAUAAAAGAUAGCGAUUGUAAGCUAGGUAAUGUGAGCGACAUUCCCACUUUCUACAAAGAAAUGCAAAAUGAAUGGACUUACACCAAUGAGACGAAACCGGAACGGAAAACCAUGGGUCCUUCAGCGAUGUUCAAAGUAGCACUAGAUGUUUGGAAUACAAACAGAAAUGGGAAAAUGGCUUAUAUGGGAAAAUCUGUUACGGUUAGAGGCCUUAAUGCUCAAUACUGGAGACGUUGUGAUACUCCUUCCACAUACGUUGAUUACUACUUUACUACCCCAGAUGUAGAAAAUGCUUAUGGUCUGGAUUUUCUGAAGGUAAUUCCUUUAAGAGUUUACUUUGGUGGAACAAGAGAAGGUGUGGAUAAAGGAUUGUCAGAAGAACAGUUUGAAAUCAUCAGUUUUCAGCCAUUCAUUUCUCCGGAUAUUCAGCCAUUUGUGUUGCCGAAGGGUAGAGGUUGCAAACGAUCAAAUGUGCAAGAUCCUCCGGAACGUCCCAAUUUCGCAGACAAAAACAUAAUGUUUUCUGCUGAAGUUAUAUAUCGAGUAAUUGACAGAAAUGAACAAGAUGUAAAUGUAUGGAGUUACUACAGCACUCUCACUAUGGCUCUGGACAUCACCAGUCAACAUUUAGCGUAUUAUUAUACUCCCUGGGAUACAAAGAACUCAGAUGAAGAAUUGGAAGUCAAAGCUCCAGUACAUGUAAUUUUUGACAUGAAACAUGGUGAGAGCUAA